AAAGGAAAAAGAAAAACUGUUUCUCUCUCUCUCUCUCUCGCUAUAUAUUGAGUUCGGGGGGAGGAAGAGUCCAGCUUUACAUGACAGACCUUGUUCUCUAUGAGUCUGAGUAUUCCGUGAUCAAACGUUUCCUUUGUGGGGAGCCUGAUAAAGUUGUAAACAACCCAGAAAAAGAGAACGCAAGAGACUUUUGAAGGAGGGAGAGAGACAUGGCGGCUCGUAAUUUGGAGAAGAUGGCUUCAAUUGAUGCUCAGUUGAGAUUGCUGGCACCAGCAAAAGUUUCUGAGGAUGACAAACUGAUUGAAUAUGAUGCUUUGUUGUUGGAUCGAUUUCUUGAUAUACUUCAGGAUUUACACGGAGAGGGUCUCAGAGAAACGGUUCAAGACUGUUAUGAGCUUUCUGCGGAGUACGAGGGGAAGCAAAAUCCAAAGAAGUUGGAGGAGCUUGGAAAUGUGCUCACAAGUUUGGAUCCAGGGGACUCAAUUGUUGUUGCCAAAUCAUUUUCCCACAUGCUUAAUCUGGCCAAUUUGGCUGAGGAAGUUCAAAUUGCUUAUCGGAGAAGGAUAAAGUUGAAGAAGGGAGAUUUUGCUGAUGAAGCUUCAGCUACAACUGAAUCAGACAUUGAAGAGACCAUAAAGAGGCUUGUGGUGCAAUUGAAGAAGUCGCCUCAGGAAGUUUUUGAUGAAUUGAAGAACCAGACUGUAGAUUUGGUCUUAACUGCACAUCCUACUCAGUCUGUUCGCAGAUCUCUGCUUCAAAAGCAUGCAAGGAUAAGAAAUUGUUUAACUCAAUUGUAUGCUAAAGACAUAACUCGUGACGAUAAGCAGGAACUUGAUGAGGCUUUGCAAAGAGAGAUUCAAGCUGCAUUUCGUACAGAUGAAAUCCGAAGGACUCCUCCUACCCCACAAGAUGAGAUGCGGGCAGGAAUGAGCUACUUUCAUGAGACAAUUUGGAAAGGUGUACCAAAAUUCUUACGCCGUGUUGACACAGCUCUAAAGAAUGUGGGAAUCAAUGAACGUGUUCCUUACAAUGCCCCACUUAUUCAAUUCUCUUCUUGGAUGGGUGGUGAUCGUGAUGGAAACCCCAGGGUUACUCCAGAAGUUACACGAGAUGUGUGCUUGCUUGCUAGAAUGAUGGCUGCCAACUUGUACUUUUCCCAGAUAGAGGAUCUGAUGUUUGAGUUGUCUAUGUGGCGCUGCAAUGAUGAGCUACGUGCUCGUGCUGAUGAGCUUCAUAGAUCUUCAAAGAAAGAUGCAAAACACUACAUAGAAUUUUGGAAGCAGAUUCCUCCAAAUGAGCCUUAUCGUGUUAUCCUUGGUGAUGUAAGGGACAAGCUUUACAACACACGUGAACGUGCUCGUCAAUUAUUAGCCAAUGGAACCUCUGACAUUCCAGAGGAGACAACUUUUACAAAUGUUGAGCAGUUUUUGGAGCCUCUCGAACUGUGUUACAGGUCACUCUGCUUUUGUGGUGAUCAACCAAUAGCUGAUGGAAGCCUUCUUGAUUUCUUACGACAAGUCUCUACUUUUGGCCUUUCGCUUGUGAGACUUGAUAUACGACAAGAAUCAGACAGGCACACUGAUGUUAUAGAUGCUAUCACUAAGCACCUGGGUAUUGGAUCUUAUCGAGAAUGGUCUGAGGAACGCAGGCAAGAAUGGCUUUUGGCUGAGCUCAGGGGCAAGCGCCCUCUAUUUGGCCCUGACCUUCCCAAAACUGAAGAAAUUGCUGAUGUUUUGGAUACAUUCCAUGUCAUUUCAGAACUUCCCUCGGAUAAUUUUGGUGCCUAUAUUAUUUCUAUGGCAACAGCUCCAUCUGAUGUACUUGCUGUUGAGCUUUUACAGCGUGAAUGUCGUGUAAAGGAGCCACUAAGGGUAGUCCCAUUGUUUGAAAAGCUUGCUGAUCUUGAGGCUGCUCCUGCUGCUGUGGCUCGACUCUUCUCUAUAGAUUGGUACAAAAACCGGAUCAAUGGAAAGCAAGAAGUUAUGAUAGGGUACUCAGAUUCAGGAAAGGAUGCUGGACGUCUCUCUGCUGCUUGGCAAUUAUAUAAGGCUCAAGAAGAGCUCGUAAAGGUGGCGAAGAAAUUUGGUGUUAAGCUUACAAUGUUUCAUGGGCGAGGAGGGACUGUCGGAAGAGGAGGAGGACCCACUCAUCUUGCCAUAUUGUCCCAGCCACCUGAAACAAUUCAUGGAUCACUUCGUGUGACAGUUCAAGGUGAAGUUAUUGAACAGUCAUUCGGGGAGGAGCAUUUAUGCUUUAGAACACUCCAGCGUUUCACAGCAGCUACACUUGAGCAUGGAAUGCAUCCCCCUGUCUCACCAAAGCCAGAAUGGCGUGCUCUAAUGGAUGAGAUGGCAGUUAUUGCAACAAAGGAAUAUCGUUCAAUAGUUUUCCAAGAGCCUCGCUUUGUUGAAUAUUUCCGCCUUGCAACACCUGAGUUGGAGUAUGGUCGAAUGAACAUUGGCAGUCGUCCAUCAAAACGCAAGCCAAGUGGAGGCAUUGAAUCACUCCGUGCAAUCCCAUGGAUCUUUGCAUGGACCCAGACAAGGUUUCAUUUACCAGUAUGGCUUGGCUUUGGAGCAGCAUUUAAGCACAUGAUUGAGAAGGAUGUGAAGAAUCUUCACAUGCUUCAAGAGAUGUAUAAUCAGUGGCCUUUCUUUAGGGUCACAAUUGAUUUAGUUGAGAUGGUUUUCGCCAAGGGAGACCCAGGAAUUGCUGCUCUGUAUGACAAGCUCCUAGUCUCAAAAGAGCUAUGGUCAUUUGGAGAGCGCUUGAGAACCAACUAUGAGCAAACUAAGAACCUCCUUCUUCAGGUUGCUGGACACAAAGAUCUUCUGGAAGGUGAUCCCUAUCUGAGGCAGAGACUUCGACUUCGUGAUUCAUAUAUCACCACACUCAAUGUGUGCCAAGUAUAUACACUGAAGCGGAUCCGUGAUCCCAACUAUAAUGUUAAGGUAAGACCGCACUUGUCGAAGGAAUACAUGGAGUCAAGCAAGCCAGCAGCCGAGCUUGUGAAGCUGAACCCAACAAGUGAGUAUGCUCCUGGUCUGGAGGACACACUUAUUUUGACCAUGAAGGGUAUUGCUGCCGGCAUGCAGAACACUGGUUAAGUCUUAAUUCUUCUUGGGUAUGCUGUCAUUCAGCAAUGAAUAUAUAUAUAUAUAUAUAUAGCUAUUGUAAGAAAUGCAUGCUUUCUGUUUUUCCAAGGCUAUGAGCUUGGCAUAUAAUAAACCCUCUUGUAAUAACGUCAAACAUUUUGAAGGUUUUUGGUUUCAGCAGUAAUUUACUAAUGGCUUUCAUGUUGAGAAA